AUGAAGAAAACUUUAACAAAUUUCAGGGACAGAACCCUAUUAUUAUUAUUUGUGCAAGAUAUGGUAAAGCUAUGGAUAAAAAGAGUCUGGGAUGACAUUCCAUGGAUUUUGGUAACGGUUAAACCAUUGUCUACCAUUAAUUCAAUUUACAUGUUUAUGGGUGUCGUUUGUAUUCAAUUGAUUUUCGAAUGUGUUGCCAAAAAAAUAACCUCCAAAAUUUUAAUAAAUCAGGAAUUACCAGAUGAAAAAGGGGUACAAGAAGAUUCAAGAUCUAAUAAAGAGAAUAUUAAUAAUAUAUUAAUAGAAAAAUUUAUCGACAUUGAAUUGAAAACAUUGGAAUUGGAGAACUUAAUUCAACAAUUACAACAAGAACAAAAAGUUUAUUUGGAACUUUUGACCCCUAAGCAACGUGGAGAUGUAUUAAUAAAAUUAUUUCCUUGGAAUCUUGAAAAAAAGUAUCCACCAAAGGAAUCAAAUAUUAUUCUUGAUGAGAAGAAAAGAGAAGAAGAAAACAAAAGAUCAGGGAAAAUCAAUCGAAAAGAUAUCCUUGAAGAGAAUAAAUAUAAUUGUAGGCAAAAUUUAAAUCCAAUUCAAUCAAUACCCAAUCUUCAUAUGCCAAAACCUAUCACUCCACCCAAAAUCAAAAAUAAGGGAUCUUUAGAAACAUUAAUAGAAGUGAGUGAAAGACCAGAUUCUGUGCCAAAUGAAUUAAUAAAAGAAUCCAUUGAUGAAGUUUUCGUUGAAAAUAAAUUCUUUUCAUUACAUGGAUUAUCGGAAGAGAAGAAAUUAAAUGAAACACCUAUAUUUGAGAAUAUUAGAGAGUCUCCAAUAUUACCAACUCGUCGAUAUCAUGAUAAAUUACAUUUAAUAUCUGCAGGGUACAUUGAAAAUAAAGAAGAGAUCGGGAAAGACAUAGUGAUAAAUGAGAGGGAAAACAAAGAAAUAUCAGAAAAAGAAUCAUGUACAAUUAAAGAAUUACUCAAAGAUAUUUCAAUAUUAGGAUUGAAGAAUAGUUUAAAGAAAAUUCAAUCUCAAAUGGUUAGAGAGUUAGUUUUAACAAUUCAACAUUAUAUGAAUAAUGAUCUAUUUAUCACUUGGAGUAACAUAGUAAUGUACAUGAUAUGGGAUGCAAUUCAUAAUAGUGUCACAAUAUCGAUGAUAUCUAAACAAAUUGCUAGAAUUAUAUUGAUACCUUUCACAAUUUCUACGUUUAUGUUGAUCAAAUUGCCACUAAAAGGUUUAAUAAUCUACUGGAAAAUAAUAAAUUUCGUUCCAAAUUUAAUAAUAAGAAAAUUAUGGAAAAGAUCAAAUAACGAUGGAAAUAAGAAAUUCGUUAAUAACAUAUCUCUAUAUAGCUUUUUUGGACCUCCUGGUUCUUCUGAUGGAUAUAAAUAA